AUGCUUGUAUGGCUCUAUCAGGCUUGCUCAAUAUCUAAAUUUUCGCAAUAUUCUCCUGAUUACAGCGAUCUUGAAACUCCAAAUCACCGUUUUCACCCUUUUGUUGAUACCGUCUAUCCAGCAAGUUCUACUUUUAUGGUUGUAUGGCUCUAUCAGGCGUACUCAAUAUCUAAAUUUUCGCAAUAUUCUCCUGAUUACAGCGAUCUUGAAACUCCAAAUCACUGUUUUCACCCUUUUGUAGAUACCGUCUAUCCAGGAAGUUCUACUUUUAUGCUUGUAUGGCUCUAUCAGGCGUACUCAAUAUCUAAAUUUUCGCAAUAUUCUCCUGAUUACAGCGAUCUUGAAACUCCAAAUCACUGUUUUCACCCUUUUGUAGAUACCGUCUAUCCAGGAAGUUCUACUUUUAUGCUUGUAUGGCUCUAUCAGGCUUGCUCAAUAUCUAAAUUUUCGCAAUAUUCUCCUGAUUACAGCGAUCUUGAAACUCCAAAUCACUGUUUUCACCCUUUUGUAGAUACCGUCUAUCCAGGAAGUUCUACUUUUAUGCUUGUAUGGCUCUAUCAGGCGUACUCAAUAUCUAAAUUUUCGCAAUAUUCUCCUGAUUACAGCGAUCUUGAAACUCCAAAUCACUGUUUUCACCCUUUUGUAGAUACCGUCUAUCCAGGAAGUUCUACUUUUAUGGUUGUAUGGCUCUAUCAGGCGUACUCAAUAUCUAAAUUUUCGCAAUAUUCUCCUGAUUACAGCGAUCUUGAAACUCUAAAUCACUGUUUUCACCCUUUUGUAGAUACCGUCUAUCCAGGAAGUUCUACUUUUAUGCUUGUAUGGCUCUAUCAGGCUUGCUCAAUAUCUAAAUUUUCGCAAUAUUCUCCUGAUUACAGCGAUCUUGAAACUCCAAAUCACUGUUUUCACCCUUUUGUAGAUACCGUCUAUCCAGGAAGUUCUACUUUUAUGCUUGUAUGGCUCUAUCAGGCUUGCUCAAUAUCUAAAUUUUCGCAAUAUUCUCCUGAUUACAGCGAUCUUGAAACUCCAAAUCACCGUUUUCACCCUUUUGUUGAUACCGUCUAUCCAGCAAGUUCUACUUUUAUGGUUGUAUGGCUCUAUCAGGCGUACUCAAUAUCUAAAUUUUCGCAAUAUUCUCCUGAUUACAGCGAUCUUGAAACUCCAAAUCACUGUUUUCACCCUUUUGUAGAUACCGUCUAUCCAGGAAGUUCUACUUUUAUGCUUGUAUGGCUCUAUCAGGCGUACUCAAUAUCUAAAUUUUCGCAAUAUUCUCCUGAUUACAGCGAUCUUGAAACUCCAAAUCACUGUUUUCACCCUUUUGUAGAUACCGUCUAUCCAGGAAGUUCUACUUUUAUGCUUGUAUGGCUCUAUCAGGCUUGCUCAAUAUCUAAAUUUUCGCAAUAUUCUCCUGAUUACAGCGAUCUUGAAACUCCAAAUCACUGUUUUCACCCUUUUGUAGAUACCGUCUAUCCAGGAAGUUCUACUUUUAUGCUUGUAUGGCUCUAUCAGGCGUACUCAAUAUCUAAAUUUUCGCAAUAUUCUCCUGAUUACAGCGAUCUUGAAACUCCAAAUCACUGUUUUCACCCUUUUGUAGAUACCGUCUAUCCAGGAAGUAAUCAUGACCACUACCAUACGAUUGCCGGCAUUGUUGAGGAACAAUUACAUCGAGUUAUUACGCCACUUUAUGAAGCUAUCGAUUACCAAGUUCAGGAAAUUAUGAAAUUAAAGGAUGAAGUUAAACUUUCACGUACGGACCACUUGGUGGCUAGUGAGAUUGCCUUAUUAAGAGCGGAAAUCGAUUCCUUAACGAAAGCGUUACGAUGA